CUCGCGGGGGCGGAGCGACCUCCCCCUGCCCAGCCUCUUGGCUGCCUUUUUCUUCUCCCGCAGAAGGCGGCUUCCCAGACGCUCCUUGCAGCAUGGCUGGGGCCGCCGUGCGUGCCGGAUGGUUAGUGCGCCUGGCGGCCCCCUCCGCUUCCUACUGCACUCGCUUCGGGGCCGAGGUACCCGCCGCAGCGGCGCAAGCCCCCCAACCUAGCCCACCCUAUGGCAGCAAAAAGCCGCACGCCCGGCGGGUCCCGGCAGAGGAAGACCCGGCCGCCCGAGCCUUCUCGAGCGCUCCAGCUCCGGGACCGGACAACAAGAGCUUUCUCUGGGCGCGGUACGGCGAGAUGAAGCGGCUGGUGCAAGAUUUGCUCCCACCUGGUGUCUGCAACCUUCUGAAUCCUUCAACCAUCUACGCCAACAAUGAGAUUUCACUGAGUACCAUCGGCGUCUACGGCUUUGAUUAUGACUACACCCUAGCUCUGUACUCUCCCGCACUCCACUCCCGCAUCUACAACACUGCUAGGGACAUCCUAGUGGAGCAGUAUAAGUAUCCAAAGGGCAUCCUGAAGUAUGAAUACUGGCCUAACUUUGCUGUACGGGGCUUACAUUAUGACAUUGCAAAGGGCUUGCUCAUGAAGAUAGAUGCAUUUCACUACAUUCAAUUGGGUACUGUGUAUCGGGGCUUGAAACCUGUUCCAGAUGAUGAAGUUCUGGAGAUGUAUGAUGGCACCCAUCAUAUUCCCUUGCACCAAGCCAGUGGCUUCUAUGGAAAGGGCCCUGCUGUUAAGCAAUUCAUGGACAUAUUCUCUCUGCCAGAAAUGACACUCCUGGCUGUAGCCAAUGAUUUUUUCAUCAGCAAUGAUAUUGAUUAUGACCCCAUCCAUCUCUACAAAGAUGUUACGGAUGCCAUCCGGGAUGUUCACAUUAAAGGCUUUAUGUACAAGUGGAUUAUGCAGGAUCUGGAACAAUACAUCCUGCACGGGGAUGAGACCUAUGCUGUGCUGCACCGUUUGGCCAAAAAUGGCAAGAAACUCUUCCUCAUCACCAACAGCCCCUUCAGCUUUGUUGAUAAAGGGAUGCGAUACAUGGUGGGCAAGGAUUGGCGAGACUUCUUUGAUGUGGUCAUAGUCCAGGCAGACAAGCCUCAUUUCUUCAAUGACUGUGUCAAGCCUUUCCGGCGACUGGAUAGCAAUGGAGAUCUGCAGUGGGACAAAAUAAAUAAGCUGGAGAAAGGACAAGUGUAUAAACAGGGCAACCUUUUUGACUUCCUCCGGCUCACAGGCUGGCGUGGAUCCAAGGUGCUUUAUUUUGGCGACCAUCUCUACAGUGACCUGGCGGACCUGAUGCUGCGGCAUGGCUGGCGGACAGGGGCCAUAGUUCCUGAGCUAGAAACGGAGACAAAAAUGGUCAACACAGAGCAAUACUCCCAAGCACUCACUUGGUUACAAGCCUUAACUGGAUUGCUGGAGCGAAUGCAGAUGUUUCAAGAUCCCGAAUCCCAGCAGGUGCUGCAGGACUGGAUGAAGGAGCGCCAGGAACUCAGGGCACUCACCAAGAACCUCUUCAACCCGCAGUUUGGCAGUAUCUUUCGCACGUGCCACAAUCCCACCUAUUUCUCUCGCCGCCUGUGCCGUUUUUCGGAUGUGUAUAUGGCCUCCCUCAGCUGUUUGCUCAAUUAUGACCUCAACUACACCUUUUACCCACGACGUACCCCCUUGCAGCAUGAGGCUCCCCUUUGGAUGGAUCAACUCUGCACAGGCUGCAUGAAGACUCCCUUCCUGGAAGAGAUGGCACAUAUCCGCUAGGGACCAAUUGGGGAGAAGUUUGCAGGUGGUCGCGCUCCUACUUUAGGGCAAUGAUGGGAUGGCUUAAAUCUUACAUGGUUCUUUGUAUUAGAAUCAAAUCUGGGUGUGUGGUUACAUGUCAGAUUUACAAAGCAAGGGGCCUGUUAAGCCUUAGUGAACGCUUUUCGGCAUUCAUUUUUGCUUAUGGAUUUAAGACGUACCUUUGAGCCUCCCACCGAGAUUUAGCAAGUCUGGCCCAUUGUUCUUUGCUGAAACAUCAGCAGCUUCCCAGCGAGCGCUAUAAAAGAAGAGGCCCAUGAAUGAAGCAUUGUCUGCCCUUGUUGCCAGCUAGAGAGUUUGGAAUGUCCAUGUACACAGAGAGAAGGGGCUUUGGACUGGCCCAGCAUCUGUUUGUUGGUUCUCCCUUAGGGUGGGUGCUUCUCCUAGACAAAUAUGCUCAGUGUAUGCUAGGUGGAAGACCUUGGUUUUAUUGAUCGGUACACAAAGUUCUCAUCCCUUGUAGAGCCACAUUUAUUUUGUAGUGUUUGAAGUUUACAUUCCCUCCCCAACUGUGAGGUCUUUUUGUGCUUGUAAUGGAGAGGAGAACAGGGUGGGGAAAUGGGGUGAAGGGUGGGGGUUCCUGUCCUGCCCUGUAGGCCCUGGGAAGGACAGGAGGUGCUAUAGAAGGGAUGGUAUUUUUAGCUGAUGACUGGAAUUUUAUAAUGUUAAUAAAAGAGCAAUGUGAAAUCCAUGGCUGAUUCGGGAACGGGAAUGGGAGCAGGAGCUAAACAAGUUAUGAGUUUGGUUUGCCAUUGUGGUAUUUUUCUAUUCUUUUUGCAAAUUUUAUAUUUUUAUUAGUUUAUCAAAAUACAAAAAUACAAAGCAAAAUGAAAACAAUGGGAAAAUGGGGGAGGAAAAGGGGAAGAGGAAAAAGUGUAAGGGAAAAGGGAAAACAAGAAAAGCAUUGACUUCCAACUUCUUUUGGCACAGUAGAAUAAGGUCAUAACAUACAACCUCGACUUUUUACUUUUACAUAAUAUAUACUAGGCAUUUCUAUAACAACAAACCUAUCUAAUCAGCAAAACCUAAAAUCAAAGAUUCAUUUUUUUCCACCACAAGCACAAAGUCCAAAAGCUGUUUCCAAGUACAAACAAAAUUAAUUGUAUUCUUUCCUUUGGUCAAAGCAGUCAAUUUCAUCACCACUGCUAACUCCCAUCAACUUUUGCAGCUAUUCGUCCAUUGUGGGAAUGAAAACAUCCUUCCAUUUCUGUGCAUAAAGUAUUCUUACUGCAGUCAACAUAUAUAAAAUCAAAAUUCCAGUUCUUUUUCAAGUUUUUUAUCCAAAUUAAGCCUGAAAGAAAAAUCUAUGGUUCUAGCUUUAUAUUCAUCUAAGAAUUUUCUGUAUUAAGGUGUGAAUCCUACUCCAGUAUUUCUUUGCUUUGUCACAUAUCCACCAAAAGUGAUAAAAAGUUCCUUUUUUACAUUUGCAUUCCCAACGUUCAUUUGAAGUACCUUUAAACAUUCUUCACAAUUUUUCCGGUGUUAGUUACCAUAUAAAAAUCAUGCAAUGCUUUACAUACAUACAUUUUCAGAGUGUCUACAGCUCUGUAAUGGAGACAUAUAGGAAUGUAUUGCCACCUACUGACUAUAUGUAUAAUUUACAAGUAAUAUCCACAUACUGGGGAGAAAGGUUUUUUUUUUAAGAUUAAAAUCUCAUUCAGAAUUAUGAUAUCUUCACUUCACAGUCUGUUUGUAAUUUAUGAUUAUCUAUCUCUACAACUUAGUAAUUUGUUUCAUGGCAAGAUUGCUCGUAGGCAGGGCAAGAUGAUUAGCAAAUCAUUGCAUGCCACAUCAUUUGCCAGAGCCGUCUGUACAAACCUGUGACCACUAGAUAGUAAAGGCAUAGUAAGUCAACCGGUAGCUUUUCAAGUUGGUAGAUUUGACCCUUCAUCCAAUUGGCAAUGUUAGAAGGGUGCUUGUUAUUUGCUAUGCAGUCACAUGUCUGCAGUCUUAAAUGGGUUUGUGUUUUAAAGUCUCAAUGAUUUUGAAUAAAAGCAUCUUGCACCCAUGUUUCUAGCAAAAACAUAUAUAUCUCUUUGUCUGAUCCAACAGCAGAGCCACCUGUCUUCUCCCAUCCUGCUACAUUAUAUACCACAAAUUACAGAGAGUCAAUAGCUUAUUCAAUAAUUCUUUCCAUUGCUUCCUGUGAAUUUUUGGGUUUUUUUUACAACAAAAUAAGGAAAAUUGCACUGCUUGGACCAGGUAAAAUUGAACCUACCGUCUUAAACUUGAAUAAAACUCAGUACUGCAAGCUUUA